AUGGAUUGGUUAUCCAAGUACAAAUUCGACAUUAAUUGCCUUAACCAUGAGAUAACCCUUAGAAGACCUGAUGGGUGCAAGUUUUCUUAUCAAAGAAGAAAAGCCAAACCCCGUAUUAUCUCAACCUCAAAAGUAUUCAAACUACUUGCGAAGGGUUGUUACGGAUACAUUUGCAAUGUAAUAGACCUAACAAAACCUGAAGACUCUUUGUCUGACAUCCCUAUAGUUAAAGAGUACCCUGACGUGUUUCCAGAAGAGAUACCUGGUAUGCCUCUACAAAGAGAAAUAGACUUUAGCAUCGACCUUAUUCCGAGAGAAACCCCUAUCUCAAAGGCACCAUAUAGAAUGGUACCCGCUGAAUUGCAUGAAUUGAAGAAGCAACUGGAUGAAUUGCUUGAGAAAGAAUACGUCUGA